ACGGUGUUCAGGAGGACUCUUGUUGUCUCUUAUCAGCUGACUCUUCACCACAGGACACAAAGUCAGGAAACUUGUGUCGUUUAUAUCAUUAAAAUUCUAUGGCGUCCGUGUGUGGCAGAUGAAGGCAGAACAACACAAUGAUGCUGUUAAUUAAUAUUCAACGAUUGUCAGAGUAGUUAGGUAAAGCUGGAUACACCAAACAUGCUGACCAUCAACCUGUACGGGGGGUCACCGGCCCUCAUCCUCCCCCAAGACUCGGACGAGACCUUGGAGGAUGUCGUCGUCGCUGCCGCUCGGGUCAUGCAGAUCGGUCCUCUCUGUCGACACCUGUUCGGUCUCCGCAACACCGCCAAUGCUCUCUGGAUCGGACUGUCUAGGAAGAUCUCGACUCUCCCCGAGAACAGCGCCUUGCAGUUCCGACUCCGGUUUAGAGCGUCGUCCCUCAACAGACUCAAGACGUUGGAUCCCAGUGCUUUUGAAUAUUUCUUCCAUCAAGUACGAGCGGAUUUCCUGGCGAGUGAAAUUUCAGAGCUGAUCAAAAAUCCUGAAGAUGGUCUGGGCCUCGUGGUGACAGACAUCCUCCUCUCGUUGCUGAAUAACCCAGGGAAGAAAGUGGGGGACAUAGACCUCAAGAGUUUCAUGCCAAAGGAACUCAACGGUAUGGCCAACAGACUAAACGUGAAGAGAAACGCCGAGAAGCUGGUCGAAGCCUGCCAGAAGAAGGACGCCGGCUACGUGCGCGAACGUUACCUCUGCAAAGUUGAGGAGAGUCAGUGCAAGUAUUGUACUGAAGAAUAUAUCCUGCAGAGAGAUGAAGGUGGUACAGUCUUCCACAUUAAGCUGAGUGUUGACCCUUACCAUGCUGACCAGCCGGGCCUUCGCUACUGCUACGCUGCACAGAAGAAAGGAGCGUGGACUCAUCUCUGCCGCCUGGAUGAGUUGGUAUUCGUAUCAACUCACUCCCGGGAUCUGACAGUGGAGGUGUCCAGAAAGACCGGAGUACCCUGCUACUUCAAGCUUCAGACGAUCGACGAAUUGGAGUCAUUCAUUGGCUGCCUGAGUGGGUACUAUCGGUUGAUUUCUACCUGGACGUUUGACCUGUGCCGGGAACUGUCCACGCCCUCCCUUGUCUUCCUGCGCAGAAACAAGUGCCAUGGACCUGUGGGGAGUACAUUUUCUGCCAAGAAGCUUAAGGAGAAGGGAGGAGGUGACACAGGUGUGGGCUUACUGAGGGAGUCCUCCACAGAGUACGACACCUACUAUUUAGACGUCGUCACAGAUGUCAACAAGCCGCCAGUCUCACACACCAUUCUUAAAGAAGGCAACAAAUUCCACCUGAAGGACUCGGACAUAAUCUAUGACAGUCUAUCUAGUAUGGUGAAAGAAUUUAUCAAGUCGGAUAAUCCUCCAAUUAAACUAGUGCGGAUAUUACCGUCCUCUGACUACGAUGACUCAGAGCUGCUGCUUCUCUGUGCCAGCCGAGACAGACAGGUUGAGAGUGGUAACCAUACAGGUCCCAGGGUGAUCAGUAUGAAGCACUUAACGUCUGUGGAGGAAAACAUCGUCCGGGGCCGAUACUCUGAUCUGGUCCGAGCCAAGUGGACCAUCCAGGGUAACAAGGAAGUUGCUGUGAAGAUGCCAAAACUGACCAAACUCGGCGACACAGAACGUUUCCUGGCUGUGCUCAACGAAUUCUCCUUUGUGAAUUGUGAGUGUAUCGUGGAGGUGCAGGGGGUGACUCUCAGCCCCUUGUCCCUGGUGAUGGAGUACCUACCAAUGGGUCCCCUGGAUAAAUACCUACAGACCCAUAAGAAUGUGAUGAAGGAGGUGGAGCUGGUGGAAGCGGCGACCUACCUGGCCCGGGCACUGUGGUACCUCAACGUUGAAGGCAUCUGUCACAACAACAUCCGCUGCCAUAAUAUAUUUGUCAUCGAACACACUGACCAAACAUUCAAGGUGAAGCUCGGUGACCCGGGCUUGGUGAGGUACGACCAACGUGACUUACACUGGAUCCCACGCGAGCACCACUUCCAGCCUCCUCUGGCCCUCGCUGACACCACUACUGACAUCUGGGCAUUCAGUACGACUGUCUGGCAGAUAUUCUCGAUGGGGGAGAUUCCAUUACCAGGUGCGGAUAUGGAGGAAGUUCGCAAGCUGUAUGCCACCGGUCGCCUGCUGCCUCGACCUGAUCCAUGCCCCCAGGACCUGUAUAAGGUGAUGUUGCGGUGUUGGUCGCCAGAUCCACAGGCCAGACGUCAGCCCCAGGCCAUCAUGCGAGAUGUGAACCAGAUUCUCUACCAAGUAUUCAACUCCCGGAAGAACCACGCCUACCAGACCAUUUUACCGGCCAAUCCCCUCGAGACAGACGCCACAGAAGAACAGAAUGGAGAAGUACAUGCUGAGGAUGAAGAAAAUGCCUCAGUUACCACCCAGCUGACCACCCUGACGUACGCUGAUGGUUCGGUGGCGCAGGUCACACUGAGUCAGCUGCCGGAUGGUCUAGUGGAUGACCUCAUCUCAUUCGGCAGUGCGUAUUUUACUGGUGAAAUCUCUCCACACAUAUAUGAGACUGGUGCUGCCUUCUCCCCACCUAUAAUGAAUCAAGGAAGCAAAACCAAGACACUGAGUGAGAUGUUGCUUCCCCCAUUAGCAGCAGAACGCAUCCCCCAACUUCCUCCCCUGCCUACCCAUCCCUUACAGCUGGACAAGUCUGCCAUCAGAUUUGGUAUAAAGAUCGGAGAGGGUAAUUACGGAGAGGUGCACCGAGGGUUGAUGACGGACGACCAGGGUCAGACGAAGACCGUAGCCAUCAAGACACUCAAGGCUGUAGGCCAAGUAGAUGAUUUUAAGAGAGAAGUCGACAUCAUGAAGAAACUGAAACAUAGAAAUAUUGUUAAGUUGUGUGGCCUGGUAGAGUCUGAGGGUGAAGACAUGUACAUGGUGAUGGAGUACUUACCUAUGGGGUCACUCAAAGACUACAUCAAGACCAAUAAGGAACACAUGAAGGACAGCUCUCUCUUGAAGUUUGCCAUGGACAUUGCUGAGGGGAUGGACUACCUCGAGCAGCGCCGUGUCAUCCACCGAGAUCUUGCAGCACGUAAUAUCCUGGUGGCCGACCAACAUAACGUCAAGAUCACAGACUUCGGCUUGGCUCAGCAGCCCAACAGAGGAAACUAUUACUUCCGACAGACACAGCGAGCCCUGCCCUUACCUUGGUACGCCCCAGAAUGCAUCGAGAAGGGUAAGUUCUCACACAAGAGUGAUGUCUGGUCAUACGGCGUCACCUGCUGGGAGAUGUUUACCCGAGGGUUGGAGCCAGACCUUCCUCAGAAACCAGAAACUCUCCUGCAGUUACUGAAGAAUGGGAAACGUUUGAACCUGAAGCCUCCUUGUCCACCAAACAUAUACUUGAUGCUGAUCCGUCCAUGCUGGGACGAAGAGCCAAGUGGACGCCCCAACUUCUCUGAGGUCAUCACCAUAGUCAGAGAACAGCAGGAUGGAUGUUUAUGAGCUGCAGCAGCACUCUGGAAAGAUGUCAACAAAAGGAUCCUCAUUUUCUGUGAGUUAUAGUACAGUAUAAUGUAAAAAUUGUUAAGAGACGGGGAGAAGUGAAGUGAAUGAGUGGAUUUGUGUAACAAGAAUAGGUAAACAGCUUCAUGGAGGGGGCAAUGGACAGUUACUCAAGUUAAGACUGCAUAAUUGCGUUGCAGUAGAUGAUCAGGUGGCAGAAGGGUGUAGGCAACUUUGGUUUUAGGCUGUUGAUACAGUCACAGUGGCAAUGAUCUCAAGGUAAUUUGUAUUGUUUUAAGCUUAAUAAAGAAGCCUCCUUCACUUCUUCUCUGUUUAUAUUAAUUUAUAUUAUAGUUAUCCCAGAAAAAUAUAUACUGUGUACACUUCCUUACAAGCUUUUGUGAAGAGUCCAUGAAUGCUUUUAUUACAAGAGAAAUCAUUGUCUGCACUUAUUGAUGUGUGAAGUCUCCCACAAGUUAGGACAGAUGAUGCUGUUGUAAUACCAGCAUUUAUGUGAUCUUUACAAAUGCUUGCACGGAAGUGUGUGUAUACAGCAAACAGUUCAUCUAUAAGAGACUUAACUGUGCAAGUGACCUGCCUCUCAAGCAUGGUAAAAUUAUCAAAGUCACUGGGGACUAUGAUGGUAUAUAACAGACCGAGUCCUUUAUUAUUCUGUAUCCAGAAAUAACAGACUUUCAGCUUUAAUGGACCGGUCUUCCCCCGAAUUAGUCUAUUAUAUUGGGUUUACUGUAUAUGGAAUGUAAAGUAUAUCAGAUUCUGAAAAUAAGUGGCAAAGGUAAAACUGAAGAGAAUGCAUUACUUAUAUGGAAGCUAGAUGUAAGAGAGUAUGAUUUUUAUCAAGUGAAUUAUAACUUGUCCAUUUUACCUGAGGGAGGUGAACCUGUACCAGAUGAUGUAGUUGACAGAAUAUGGUUGCUAUGUAGUGUAGAUCUGAGGUCAAAA